CUCUCCGUUUUCUUUCUUUUUCUUUCCCUCUGUCUGUUCACGCUUGUCGCUUUGCAUUGCCAGAAUGGAGUAGUCAGGCAGGCUUCACCUACCAACAUUAUUUGUGCGAGCGCUUGGUGUCCUCUUUCCUGCUUCCAUCACCACCAGCAGUAUUCCCCAGAUUAAUUAUUCACCGGUCGCCAAGCAAGAGGAGCCAUUUGAUAGCCAGACCUUGCCACUGUGAUAGAGACGGGAGACAGAAAUUACAACUGGACCUCAGGUGAAAAGCAAUAUCUUCUGUUUUAAUUUUUUCUUCCAUACUCCUUCCUUUCACCACUUGACAUCAGCCUGCAACUAGGAACUUAAAGGAAAACCUCUCUCAUUUUUCUUCCCUGUGAGUAAGGUAUAUCUAUUCCUCAUGUUGCUCUCCAGUAAGCAGUUGCCGAUCGGCCGCUCCCAGAGCUGGGACACGCUGGGUGGGAAUGAGGGUCAUUGGGAGCGCAGUGACAGUGUUUACGAGCAGCAGGCCCGGAUGGCUGGUCGACGCAACUCGCUGAGCUAUGGAGCAGAUACAGGAGGGGGAUGGUACGAGCCACCGCCUGGAGUGCGUCCUCCUGACCUCGAUUUGAAAAGGGAGCCAGACUCCUACCAGCAAUCUCUUUACAACCAAGGUUAUUUGGAUCGUCCGGACCCACGUAACAUAAGAAAAAGCUCCGUUCCUGAGUUGAACAGCCAUUAUGAUCGACAUUCCAUGGCUAACCGUGGUUCCCUGCCACACCAUGACUACUAUCAGCAAGACCCAGGCAUGCCACCUCGGCCAACAGACGGUUUCUAUCGUGGAGAGCAACCUCAUUCUCUCAAUAGGUCAUCAACACAUUAUGGAAUGAUGGCAGGUCCUCGGCAACUGUGGGAACAGAGUUCAGGAGGUCGGCCUGGUUCUGCUGCCCCAACACCUGGCAUGCCUCCUCCCCCACCUCCAAGUUCUCAUGACAUGGGUCGUAUUUAUAGGGAAACAUCCCUGCCUGGACCCCCACCUGCUACUCCUGGCACAAAAAUGAUGCAGGAUGGGCAGCGCAUUCCAAGCCGAGCACCAUCUCCAGCUCGCUAUAUAAUGGAGCCAAAUUCUCCCCGUUACGGUACUGAGCCACCUGCCUCUCUCACUAGCCAUUACAGUGACGUUAACGGAAGGCCGAUUGAUCAGCCAGCAGCCACUUGCCUGGUGGUUGAUCCAGCUGCUCAAGGAAUGGAUGGAACUGCCCGAGGUAUGGUCAUGCAUCUGGAAAACCCCUCACCAUACACCAUACAGCAGCAACAGCAAGUCCAACAACAGGCUCAACAGCAAGCGCAGCAGCAAGCGCAGCAACAAAUGCAACAACAAAUACAGCAGCAGCAAAUGCAGCAGGUUCAGCCAGUGCAGCAAAUGCAGCAAGGUCAGCAAAUGCAGCAGGUUCAGCCAGUGCAGCAAAUGCAGCAAGUUCAGCCAAUGCAGCAAAUGCAACCAGUGCAGCAAGUUCAGCAAAUGCAACCAGUGCAGCAAGUUCAGCAGGUACCACAGGUUCAGCCAGUGCAGCAAGUUCCACAUGUGCAACCCAUGGCACCUCCAAAUCCUGUCUACACUCCAGUUCCCCCUACAGCCCUUGCCCCAGUAACCACUCCUGCUCUGUUACCACAACUUCCUGCUCAGCCUUUUACUCCUGCUCCUCCUCCCACUGUCCCUCAGACCCCAGUGGCUCCUGUAGACCCUAAAAAAAAUGCAGACCCUGAGUUUCUGGCAUUGCUGCAAAAAGAGGGCCUCUCGGAAAGCACCAUCACUUCUCUGCUGCAGCAGGGCUUUGACUCCACUGCAAUGUUGGCUGUUAUGGAGGAAAAUGAUGUGCGUUCAGUGGCCCCCAACUUGGGCCAAGCCAGGGUUCUGUCUCGUGUUGUGCUUAGUUGCAAACGACCACCUGAAAUCCUUCCUGCUACCCCCCUGCAUCCCAGUGCUCCAGUACGUGGCAGAUCCAACAGCUUUAGCCAUCGUAGUGACAUUUAUGCGCACCAGCCGCCACCCUUGACUCCGAGCUUGGAGUCCCAAUAUAUGCAGCCACCCUCUACCCCAAUGCAGACUGUAUCUGCAAGGAUGGGUGAGGGCUAUAGUCGGAGACCCAGCAGUGCUCCCUCCCAGCAGCUUCUAGACCAGACCAGUGGGUAUCCUGGAGCCAGGUCUGCAGGAGCAUACAGUGGUUCUGUGGUUCCAGUCCAGCCUCGCCCAUUAUCAGGCUACAAUCCGCAUACUGGCUUGUCCAUGUCACAUAUGACUGCAAUGUCCCAACACGUAGGCAUUCCAUCACAUCUGCCAGUAAUGCCAUCACAAAUGGCAAUCCACGCAAUGCCACAGCCUUUGCCUGCACUGCCUGCAGUUCCGCAACCAAUGACCAUGCCUGCUUUGGCACCCCAGCAAGCUCCGAAGGCAUACACAACCAACUAUACUGUACCAAUGGAGUUGUUAAAGAGGGAUCGAAGCUUGGCCACGAUGUCUCCCAUGCCCAGUCCCCAUGUAAGCCCACAAGUAAUGCGCAGGGCUGGAGUGUCCUCAGACGGAGCCCUAGUACCUGUUGGUAGUGCCGGUCCAGGUCAAGGUGUGAGUCUGGCUAAUCAGAAGCUCAGCCGGCGUACUGGACCUCCGGUCAUUGUCUCCACUAUGGCAUCGCCGGACACAAGUAUAAGGCCUCAGAUCAUGAACGGCCCGAUGCACCCUCGGCCGCUGGUCGCUCUGCUGGACGGGAGGGACUGUACCGUAGAGAUGCCCAUCCUGAAGGAUUUGGCCACGGUGGCGUUCUGUGAUGCGCAGUCAACGCAGGAGAUCCAUGAGAAGGUGUUGAACGAGGCGGUGGGGGCGAUGAUGUACCACACCAUUACUCUGACCAGAGAAGAUCUGGAGAAAUUUAAAGCCCUCCGAAUCAUAAUCCGCAUCGGUAGUGGAUAUGACAAUAUCGACAUUAAAGCGGCUGGAGAGAUGGGUAUUGCAGUGUGUAAUAUCCCAUCAGCCGCUGUGGAGGAGACGGCAGACUCCACGCUUUGCCACAUCCUGAACCUGUACAGGAGGAACACGUGGCUGUACCAGGCCAUGCGGGAGGGCACACGGGUCCAGAGCGUGGAGCAGAUCCGAGAGGUGGCGUCAGGGGCCGCCCGCAUCAGAGGGGAAACACUCGGACUUAUUGGCUUUGGCCGAUCAGGACAGGCAGUGGCUGUUCGAGCAAAAGCGUUUGGCUUCAAUGUGAUCUUUUACGACCCAUACUUGCAAGACGGUUUAGAGCGAUCGCUGGGCGUUCAGAGAGUUUACACAUUACAGGACCUCCUGUACCAGAGCGACUGUGUGUCUCUCCACUGCAACCUAAACGAACACAAUCACCACCUCAUUAACGACUUCACCAUCAAACAGAUGCGACAGGGAGCGUUUCUAGUCAACACAGCCCGAGGGGGUCUGGUCGAUGAAAAAGCCCUGGCUCAGGCUCUAAAAGAGGGCAGGAUACGAGGGGCCGCCCUGGACGUUCACGAAUCUGAACCCUUCAGUUUUACUCAGGGUCCUCUGAAGGAUGCGCCCAAUCUGAUCUGCACCCCUCACACGGCGUGGUACAGUGAGCAGGCCUCACUAGAGAUGAGAGAGGCCGCGGCCACUGAGAUCCGCAGGGCCAUCACUGGUCGUAUUCCAGACAGUCUCAGAAACUGCGUCAACAAAGAGUUUUUUGUUACCACGGCGCCGUGGGGGAUGAUGGAGCAGCAGGUACACCCGGAGCUCAACGGAGGAGCUUACAGAGUGGCCCAACCGCUACCAGCCGUUUCUCCUGGUGGCCUGCAAGACAAAAUGUAUACCUAAACAAUGACAGGUUCCCCCCUGGUGCAGUGGGUGUGUCUCCUGGUGGCAUGGGUGGACAAAUAGAGGGCAUGAUGCCUGGCGGGGUGCCCAGUGCCCACCCCCUGCCGCCGGGCACCCAGCCCAGCCUCGCCCCCUCCCCCACCCAGC